CACACUUUAGUCUUUCAUAGUUGGUUGCCUUUCACACUUAUUCUUCUGACCGAUAUUGGCAUUAAACCAUUUAUCGCGCUAUCAACUCGAUAUUUUUACUUCUGUGACCACGGCAAACAUUCCAAAGACAGUAAGAAUAUCUUAUAAAAAAUUACAAUGGCCAUAUUAAAGUCAUGUUGCUGCUGGAGGUCUGUACGUCAAGGAAGUUUCGCAAGCGCUAUCUUUACUUUGAUAUUCUACUCUGUCAUCGCCAUUACAGGAUCAGUACAUGUAAAUAAUGUUCUUCACUCUCCAGAGCUUCUGGUACUUAGUAUUUUAAUCAUUGUGUUUGCCGGACUCUGUGUUGCGUCAUCAGUAAUUCUUCUCGUUGGAUUGUUUUUGGAUUAUAGAUUGCUGUUACUUCCCUGGGUAUUUUCUGUUACGAUCACAACAUUGAUAAAUAUCAUCUCCUUUUUCUACCUGUUCAAUGACGCGACAAUGGACCCAGCUCAGGGGUUUUUCUUUGCCACUGAUAUUCUAAUAUGUGUACUAAACAUCUAUUGCAUCUUGUGUGUUGUUUCUCAAUACCAAGAAUACUUGUCAGGAAGAGGCCGGACUAACUGUAGAAGUGAAGAGGGGUCUGGUUCAAGACAUUACAACGUGAGAUUUAAUAAUCCUAAUCAAAGAUCUGAGCUUCCGAAAGUUACUAUAAAGAUAAGCGAAAAUGGAACCAAAACGUCAAGUCAAAUUUUACUUCCUUCCAACUCCAUGUCAAAUUCACGAUCGCAGAAGUCAUCAGAACUCACAUCUAUCUCAGAAGAACAUUCUAGCGACUUUCACAGGAGCGUAGAUGACACGAGCUGUGAGGAAUCGGCUGGUCACAUACUAUCAAAAAAUAGUUCUGAGUUGAUUCCGAAUUCGCCAAAGCCAACAGAAAAAGAAAGCGAGUGCAGCAAGAUCAAGAGUGGCUGUAUAAAUCGAUCAAUGUCACUUGGUGGAAAAGUGUCUUCUGUCCUUUCGCCUUCUCAAGACUCCAGUGAAGAUAAGCCACUGAUAAUUUCUGCUUUAGGGAAUAACAGUACACCAUUGCACUCGACAGCUGCUUCUAGGUCAUGUCAACAUGAAUGCAACAGAAAACGAUCGAAGCGUGAAAGUACAACACUUCCUUACAGAUCCUAUACCUGUCCUGUUGGAUUUGAUAAUGUUACUGAUAAGAAGACACUAGCCUUCAAGAAGUUCAAUGACGCUCGACAAAAAAUCAGUAGAUCAUCUAACUAUUCAACAAUGCUGUGAAAGUUUUCAGAUAAUUUUGAACUAGUCAAAUACGACCCUGAGAGAACCGACGUUUUUGAUCGAUUUUGACUUGAUAAACUCCAGUAAAAAAUGUUGUCAUUUAUGUUCUCGAUAUUUCAUUAAACUUUCUCAGUGUCUUUCAGGAGUAAAUCUUUGUAUUAAUUAUAAUUAUUAAUAGUUACACUUUCUUCUAUUAUUCGUAUAGUAUAGCGCUGUUUAUAUAGCCAACAGCUUAAGUCCUCCCUGUUUUCAACAAAUUAUUACUCAAGUUUUUAUGAUAAAAAUAAAUCAUGUGAAUUUAAAAGAGUGAAUGGGCAUAAAAAUACGGUGUAUGUAUAGUUUGGAAUAUCGUAUUUUUUAUAGAAAAGACAAACACCAUAA